AUGGUUGGCAAUGAUUUUAAUGAAAUUCCCUUACGUUUAACAAUAGCUUACCAUGGUGCUCACCAAAAUAAUAUCACCAGUUGCAGUUUUUCUAAUUGCGGUCGAUUCUUCGCCUUUGUUGAUCAGCCACAGAUUGUCUUGGGUUACUGUGUAAAUGACAUACUAUCAACGUGCUUGGAUGAAAAUAAUUUCAAACCAUCUUUAUCAUCUCAUUGUCAAACAUCUAGUUUAUUGUCAGAUGAAAUUAUUAACAAUACAGAAUCAUUAAAUUUAUAUGCAAAUCUUACAGAUAGUAGUAAUAACUGGAAAAUAUUAACAUCAGAACUGUUACAUGGUGAUGCACUACCUGUAAAUAUGAAACCAAUAUUUCGUAUAAAAACUAACGGAGAUGUGAUUAGUAUGACUUUUGCCUCUGGGGAUAGUGCAUUUUGUCGAUUGCCCCACCGUGCAAAUAAGCGUAGAUCGUCUAUUGUUCGUGAAUCACAAGUCUCAUUAUUACUGUUGGGUUUAGCUUCUGGUGUCAUUGAAGUUUAUAAUGUAUUUAGUCUAGUAUCAAGUUCUCCACAUAUCCCCAAGUAUGUCUUGACAGAUGAUUGUACCCUUGUAUAUCUCCUCUCAGCUGCUGUAGACGGAAGUCUUCGUGUUGGAUCCGUACAUCGUGGUGGUGAAGUGAGAUUAUGGGAUUUAUGGGAUGAUGGUAAUAUGUACGGGAAAUUACAACAUAAAUUCACUGUUCCAACAGAUCAACCAUGCAGUGAAAUUCAAGGUGAAGCAUGUACAUUUGCUUGGCAUCCAUGCGGCAGACAUGUAUUCCUAGCUGGUGAAAGAGGCCAUGGUGUUGUACUCGAUGCUGAAUCUCCUUUUUCUCGAGUCGCCUACAUACGAUCUGGUCAUUAUCAUCGAAUAUCAGUUGCAAAAUUUUCAAAAGAUGGUAGUUUAUUAAUUACUGCCUCUUAUGAUUCAUGUUGUGCUGUAUGGUCUGUACCGGAAUAUCAAUGCUUACAUCGUUUCUGGCAUAUGGGACGUGAACCCAGUAUUCCUCUUCGUGGUGGAUCAAAUGGUCAUCAUAUAUACGGUUUAUCUCUGUCCCCAGAUGAUUUUUACUUUAUUACCGUUUGCGAAGAUAGAUGUAUUCGUUUAUGGCCAUUGGCUCCUGUCAAUUCUCCAUUGAAGAUCUAUUUCGAACUUGCACUCCAAACUCAUACUAAUCUUAAAUUUCGUAGCUUAGCUUUCAGCCCAUGUGGUCGUAUAGUUGCUGUUACUACGAAUAAUCAUGAUGUACUUCUAUUUACAACACGAUCUGAAUCAAUUCGUCUUGGUACACAAUGUCUUCAUGCAAUCCGAAAAUGUGUUGUUGAAAAUCUUUUGAAGAAAACUAUGCAUCGCUCAAUUAAACAUCAAUAUCAUAAUAAUGAUUUGUCACUAACAACUAGCAAUAACAGUUACAAUACAUUAUUUCAAAAUUGCAUUUCACAAAUCCACUUACCAUCUCCAGUGAAAAAAGCAAUUUUAAGAAAUUUUGUAAAUUGA